UUUUUAAAUUUUAGCCUUGUUAGCUCCCAGGCUAAAUUCCGCCACACGGCGCUAGCAUAGCUUGAUAUUGAAGACAAUGGACAGUGCUAGCAUUACCCGGUCUGCCUCGUUUGUAAACUGUUCCAAGCAAUUUUGGGGGAUCGUAUAAAAUGUGAAUUUGACAUAAAGCAAAAGGGCAUAGUGUGCCACAAAAUAAUAAAAUAGGUGUUCGUAUUUUUUUUUUUCGAUAAACUUCUGACCCACAUUCGACAGCUGUGCUAAAGAUUUCCUUUUGCCGACCCGUUCAGGGCUUUGUUCAGAUCAAAGUUUCACGUAUCGUAUUUUGGAUUUUAUUGACAGAAUCUGAUCCAACGCGUCUUAACUCCGGAUGGUUAAUUUUAAUCCGACUCGUAAAACGUGCGUUGAAUUAUUAAAAAGACCUGAAUAGAUUUGCAGUUGGGUUGCUUUUCUUUUAAGGUAAACAAGGAAGGAAAUGACUAGCAGAUCUGGUGUUAAAAGGCAUUAAAUAAGGCUGCAAUACGUCUUUAAAAUAGCUGUAGUAUAUGCGAAAAAUGUUUAAACGAGCUAAAAAUCAAUGGCUCAGUCCUCCGAUAAAUUAAAUAUAGUGACGGAAAAUUUCACUGAAAUGUAAUGAUCACCCAGGAGAGAACCUGUCAUCACCUGUCAUUGCAUUUGGGAAACGAGAUUGCUGAUUCCUGUUUACCUGCAGAAAUGAUAGAAAUAAAACAGUCGUCGGUUUGUGAAAAGAUAAUGGAGCUGCUGGGCCAGAACAAGAUUGACCACCACCAGAGGCAGGUGGCCAUCCUCAGCCAGGACAGCUUUUACAAGGUGCUGACCCCCGAGCAGAAAGCCAAGGCACUCAAGGGCCAGUUCAACUUUGACCAUCCAGAUGCCUUCGACAAUGACCUGAUCAUGCAAACGCUCAGGGAGAUCCUGCAAGGGAAAACUGUCCAGAUUCCAGUUUAUGACUUUGUCACUCAUUCCAGGAAGGACGAGUUUGUCACAGUGUAUCCAGCAGACGUUGUCCUCUUCGAGGGCAUCUUGAUGUUCUACUCGCAGGAGAUCCGUGACCUGUUCCAGAUGAAGCUGUUUGUCGACACCGACCCGGACACGCGUCUCUCCCGGAGAGUUUUGCGGGAUAUCGGCGAGCGCGGGCGGGAGCUGGAGCAAGUCCUGACGCAGUACAUCACUUUUGUCAAACCGGCCUUCGAGGAGUUCUGCCUGCCGACAAAGAAGUACGCCGACGUGAUCAUACCCCGGGGAGCCGAUAACCUCGUGGCCAUCAACUUGAUAGUCCAGCACAUCCAAGACAUCCUCAACGGCGGCCUAAGCAAGCGCCACAACGGCUGCGCCAACGGUCACGGCCCGACGCGGCAACGGCGGACGUCCGAAUCCAGCAGCCGGCCGCAUUGACCUCGCCGCGCCUCUCCUCCCCCGGGGGCGGAAGAGGGGUGAGGGGGGGGGGGGACGGCGCUGUAAAUAAUGCCUGUUGAAAAUGAGCGUGGGGGGGGGGUGGAUAAAAAAAGGAAAGGAUUUGCAUCACACCUUUUUAUGACUAUGACUACUCCUUGCUAUUAGUUGCAUUCAUUGUCAUUGUUACAUUUUGUGAAUUUACAUUUUUCAGGAGGUUGAAAAAGAAGCUCUUAUCCUGAUCCUGAUGAUGACGUUGGGUUUCUAUGGACCCACAUUAAUUUUUUUCUUGCAAGUAUCACUUUUGGUUUCAAUGUAUCCCCCCGUGGCUUCAUGAAAGUUCAUGCUGAUGAUGAAUAAAAAGGGGGAUUUUUUUUUUGAGAGGGGGAGGAUGUCUGAUGACACUUGAAACCCAAAUAAGUCUGGUCGUCUGUUAAAUGGAUGAAAUCCAGAUGAGGAUGUGGACUCCAAGAAACAAACAAAAGUUGAACAAACUCAGAUUGCACUUUCUAUUUGUCUGACAAUCUUGGUAUUGUUUCCUUCUGCUUUUCAGUGUUCUGUCUCGUGAAGUGUGAUGUGCAAAAAAACUACAGCAUCUGUUUACUCUGCCAUGUGCAGCAAAAAAAAAAAAGCAAACAUGAAAUGCCAAGCUUAUAUCUUGCCAAGUUUGCCAAUAACUUGCUAUGCUACAUAAUUGGACUGUGAUUGGCUUAUAUGACAUAAAACCCGAGUUGGAAUUGCAAAUUUUUUUUAAUUUUUUGGGUAACAAUGAAGUACGGCAUAUGCAAACUACUCAGGUGGGUGAAAGGAUCAUUGAUGCCACAGCGAUGCACCGCAAUGCCUCCCAAGAAGUUGCCUCAGGUUAACGUGCACAGCAAGAAUACACGCCAGUUGCCAGUUCGACUCCCGGUUACAGUAUAAUAGCUUUGAAACAUUUCUAUUCCCUGUUGU